AUGGAACAAAAGUACCAUACAUUAGACUCAACGACAAAGAGGAAACAAACACAUCCAAACCUCCAUAACUUAUUGUCAUUCUUUGAGAGCACGUCCACAUCAUCAGACGGCCUCGGCUCCCUGCGUGAUAAACGCCCACCUGUCCCACCCAGGUCGCACAAUUACAACAACUCCUCGACAUUCGACGAAACAUCUGGUCUUCUGGACCACAACAACAAUCACCCAGGCCUAAGUAGGAGCACGUCAAGUGGCGGCGACCCCUACGCACUAUCUAUGGCAUCAUUCGAGUCGCUCAACUCGGCUCAGGGCCUAAUCACGGACCCCAACGCCACAAGGAUCAUCGAUGAGCUGAAGCGAGAACUGCAACACGAGCGCAACUCACAUCUUCAGACGCGUCACCUGCUGCGCAACGUGGAGGAGGACAACAGACUGCAGAAGCAGAACUUGCAGGCCCUGCGCGCCAAGUACGACCGCCUUCAUCACAAACUCCAAAAGAUGUCCAGCUUGUAUCAGAGCUUCCACAAGACAAUCAGCGACGCCAUGCAGGACGGCGGUGAGUUUGACGUUGGCAGCGGCGCGGCCGGACACAGCAGCACAUCGCCAGCGGUGGCGUUCAGCAAUGGCGGCUCGCCGCGUCCCAUAGCCAUGGUGUCUGCGUCCACUAGUGGCAGUUCGGCCUUCACGCCCUCCAUGCAGUCACCGGUGCUCCAGCCAUCGCCAUCAUUCAGUGGCAGCGGCAGCAGCCCACACAUGAGAUCCAAGUCCUAUUCAAUCAGCGACACACUCUCUCGCAGCAACAAGGCCGCACGAGGCAUGAGCCUUGUCGGCAGUGGCAGUGGCGGCAGCGACCUCAACACCAGCACGAGCGGCACCUACACGACCAUGCCUACACACACCGCGACAGCCGGCUCGCCCACCAACUCCAACAACCUCACCCAACAGCACAGCCUCAACUACAUCCAGGACCUGGACGACUAUCACCACCAUGCGCUCACGGACGACGAGUACGCCCGAAUGAUUGAGAACCGCAUCCUCAUUGUCAACCAGAUACUGCGCACCGAGAAGGAGUACGCUGCGUACCUGCAGCUGAUCGUCGAAGAGUUCCUCACACCGAUGAAGUCUGAGAGCUACCAGUCGUCCAACCCAUUCGUCACCACUCUGCACAUCAAGCAGAUCUUUGGCGAUGUCGAGGUCAUCCUUGGCAGCAGUGGGCUACUCAUCGAGGACAUUGAGAAUGUCCUAAACUCUGACUCAUCAAAGUCCUCCAUGGGCAGUGUAUUCCUCAAGAUUUGUGACUACUUCAAGUUGUACUCACCUUAUGUAAAGAACUACUACACAUCAAUCUCUGUGUUGAACAAGUUGAAGGAGGAGAGUCACAAGUUCCAAUCAUUCAUUCAUGAGAAGGAACAGAAGCUGGCACAGACCAACUUCACCGAGCUUGGUAGUCUACUCGUGUUGCCAUUGUCUCGCAUUGGCCAGUACACCCCAUUGUUGAUCGAGUUGUUCAAGAGCACACCAAAGACACAUGAUGACUAUGAGCCAUUGAAGAAUGCUGUGAUCAAGAUGAGAACAAUCGUAGACUAUGUAAAGGAGAAGUCGAGGGAGUAUGAGAGCCAGAAUAAGGUUAGGAUCAUACAGGGAUUGUUGAUUGGAAAGUUCCAGAACUUGAAUGAGCCACACAGACGCUAUGUCAGGGAGGGUGAGCUCACUGAGCACACAAAGAGUGGCGGCACAGGCAAUCAAUUGUACUGCUUCCUUUUCAAUGACCUGUUCAUCGUCUCGGUACCCACGGCCAAGAAGCAACAGACACAGUACACAUUCAAACGUGACAUCCGUCUGAUGGAUGCUGAGGUCUCGGUCGUGUCUUCCAUGGAGGCCGGAGACGACAAGCCCCUGUUCCAGCUGAGCUUCACCUCGGCGGUGUUGUCUACAUCAGCUGACCACUCGUCGUCGUCAGGUGCCGCACUCACCGCCAACUCGGUGUUGAAUGGCAUCAUCUCGGGUGCGACUCUCAUGACGUCGUCGUCCGAAUCCAAGGUGGACGGCGAGCAGCGCAUCGAGACGCUGACAUUCUGUGCGGACAGUGCACGCGAUCGCGACGAGUGGGUGCAGGCGCUGCAGCUGCACAUCCUGGCCGAGAAGAAGAAGAACGCCAAUCGUCGAACGGAGGAGCCCACCACGCUCAUGGAGAACAAGGGCGGUGACAUCGACUUCAAGAACAGCGAGAUCCAGCUGUGCGAGCAGAUUGGCAGUGGCGGCAGUGGUUGCACUGUGCACCGCUGCACAGUCGACGGCUUCACUUGUGCCGUCAAGAUCCUAAAGCUCAAGAACACGCAGCCCUACCUCAUCGACCAGUUCGUCUCAGAGAUCAACAUCAUGGAGCAGCUGAGCCACUCCAACAUCGCCAAGUACCUUGGCCAUCGCCUAACAGCCAACCCCGAGCGAUUGUGGCUGUUCAUGGAGUUCUACCCCUACUCGCUCAAGGACAUCAUUGGCAAGCGCUCGACGCCCUUCCCCGCAGCCGAGACCAUCUGGAUGGCGCUCGAGAUCGCCAAGGGCCUGGAGUUCCUGCACAACCAGAAACAGCCAAUCAUUCAUCGUGACCUCAAGCCCGGCAACAUCAUGUGCUCGCUGGACGAGGCCAACCGCGUGUCCAACGUUCGCGUCUGCGACUUUGACACGUCCAAGGUGAUGAACUCGGGAGUCAUCCUCAAGACAUGCAUCGGCACGCCAUGCUACAUGGCGCCCGAGGUGCUGGACGUGUCGGUGGACUCUGGCAGCGACGGCUACUCGCUCAAGGCUGACAUCUGGUCGUUCUCCAUGCUGGUGUUUGAGAUCCUGACGUUGCAGCCACCCUACCACCAGUUCCCUCACCUGCAGACGGUCGAGAUGAUCCUCAAGGGCACGCCUCCACCACUUGUCACGCCAGUGUCGCCCAGUCUAUCAGGCCUGCUUGACCUACUCCACCAAUGCAUUGAUCUGAGUCCUUCCAAGCGACCAUCCUCCUCUCAAGUAGUUUCCAAGCUCAUCAAACUUAUGAAGAGUAUUGGUAAAUUACAAGAAUAA